AUGCAAGAAAACGGACGCGUCAACGUCGCCGCCGUAGGUUACAGCGCGUUUCGAUCUGAAGAUGGCCCAGGCUUAGUGCCGUUCUUGUUGCUUCCCACUGUCGACCAAAACGAUAUUGUUUUGGAAGCUCCCAAAUGGCGCGUCGCGAGGUUCUGUCGCGAGGAGAGGCCGGGGGAGAAAGAGGUGUUGUCGGAGCUUAAAAACCGUGAUCGGGAGCUACCAGCAUGUCGAUCUGAGUCGAGUGAACGGCUUGCUCGGCGAUGCGGCGCGUACGUGUCGGACGAUUUGCAGCUGUCGCUCGUCGUCGUUGUUGUUGUUGUUGUCGAAUAA